UAUUAUCUGGUUCUUCAUUUGGUUUGGGGUUUGGUGUCUCUGGUUCCAGAUUCCUGACCUUAAAUUUCUCCCUUCAAAUCUUUUUGGUUUUUUGUUUGCUUCCUUCAAACAUAAUCCUAAAUCUCUCAGGAAUUGCUGAAUUUGGUGUUUGAUUUGUAGUAGCAGAUUUUGGUUCUGAUUCCAAUUCUUGAUUUGACCAACUGGGUCUUGUUGAAACUUUCUUGGGGUUGUAAAUUCUGUGUUGCUAGUUUGAAAGUUGUUUCCUUUUCAAUUUUUGGAUUCUGUGCUUCAACUACAUCGUUGGUCUCCAAUAGUUUUUUUUUUUUUCUGGAAUUGGGGGUAUUUUGAUUUUGUCAGGUAUUGAAUUGAACUUAGCUGAACUAAUUACUCAAAAGUUUGUAUCUUUGAUUCAAUUUGAAAACUGGGUGAGUUUUGUUUUUUUGUUUUAUUUUUAUCCAGAAUUGUUGGGUUGCUUUGAAGUUUACAAAGACUUGAAACCUGAAAAUGACGAUUGGCAGUCUUGCACCUAAGGCAGAGAGGAAGAAAUCACGAAAGAACAAGGGAAUUGUUAAUGAGAAUGCACCCUUGUUGCCUAAAAGUCAGGAGAGUGAUGUUGGGUUUGAUGAUUUCAAUGGAGCUUCAUUUUCUGGGGCUGUUUUUAACUUGGCCACCACAAUUAUUGGUGCUGGUAUCAUGGCCUUGCCUGCAACCUUGAAAGAGUUGGGGAUGGUGCCUGGCCUUGCCGCAAUCCUCUUCAUGGCUUUGUUGACAGAGAAGUCAAUUGAGCUUUUGAUUAGGUUUACCCGUGCAGGGAAAUCUGUUUCUUAUGCUGGUCUCAUGGGAGAUUCCUUUGGGAAAUAUGGAAAAGCUCUUGUGCAGAUAUGUGUUAUAAUCAAUAACAUUGGCGUGCUGAUUGUUUACAUGAUUAUAAUUGGUGAUGUGCUCUCUGGAACAUCUUCAUCUGCAAUUGGAGAUCAUCAUUCUGGUAUCCUUGAAGGAUGGUUUGGUGUGCACUGGUGGACGGGGAGGACAUUUAUUGUCCUAUUUACAACACUUGCUAUAUUUACACCCCUGGCAAGCUUUAAGCGAAUUGAUUCAUUGAGAUUCACAUCUGCCCUUUCAGUUGCACUAGCAGUUGUUUUUCUUGUCAUUGCUGUGGGAAUCUCAAUUGUCAAGAUUAUAAGUGGAGGCAUUGAUAUGCCCCGACUCUUCCCGGUCGCUACUGAUGUGACAUCAAUCUUUAAACUGUUCACUGUAGUUCCUGUGUUUGUGACUGCCUAUAUCUGCCACUACAACGUUCACACCAUAGAUAAUGAACUUGAGGACUCCUCACAGAUGCAAGGGGUUGUACGCACCGCACUUGGUCUAUGCUCUUCAGUGUACUUAAUGAUAAGCUUCUUUGGUUUCCUCCUAUUUGGUGAAGGAACUCUUGAUGAUGUGCUUGCCAAUUUUGAUACCAAUCUUGGAAUUCCUUUUGGUUCUGUGCUCAAUGAUGCUGUUCGUUUAAGCUAUGCUGCACACCUCAUGCUUGUAUUCCCAGUUGUCUUCUAUCCAUUGCGACUCAAUAUAGAUGGUCUCUUCUUCUCUAAAUCAAAGCCUUUGGUUCUGGAUAACUUCAGAUUUGCAUCACUCACUAUCGCUCUUAUUGGUGUUAUCUUCCUGGGAGCGAAUUUCAUACCUAGCAUUUGGGAUGCUUUCCAGUUCACUGGAGCAACCGCUGCAGUCUGUAUAGGAUUCAUAUUUCCUGCUGCCAUCACUCUUAGGGACCGCUACAACAUAGCAACUAAAGCAGAUAAGAUUCUGUCUGUCAUUAUGAUAGUCCUGGCAGUCUUCUCAAACAUUGUGGCUAUAUACAGUGAUGCCUAUGCCUUGAUCAAGCAGAAUAAAAGUUCACGUGAAUGAAGGUCAUGGUUGUAGAUGAAAGUAACUGAAUUGGUCCAUUAUAAAAUCAGGGUUUUCUGAGAGGGUCUGAUGGGUUGAUUUGAAUAAACAGAGAAGCUGCUACCAUGUGUACAAAUUUGCUUCAGAUGAUGUAUUGAGGCCUGCAACAUGCAUUCAGCCUCCUUUGUAAUUUGCCAUUCUGUUGUAAUAGUUAAGGUUCUUGUUGAGCAUUACUCUCUUUCCCUGAUUUUCUCUCCCUCAAAUGUAAUAGAAACUUUUGUUUGCCAUUUGCCAUUUGCCAUGUGUUGUAUUUGUGAAGGAAUGAAUUAUGGAACAAUGUUAUAGUUCAAGAAAUGGAUAAGAGAAAA